GUGGCAGGGACUUACAGGGACUUGGGGCCAGGGACUUACAGGGACCUGGGGCCAGGAACUUACAGGCACCUGGGGCCAGGGACUUACAGGGACUUGGGGCCAGGGACUUACAGGGACUUGGGGCCCCACAAAUUGGUGGAUGAUAAAGCUGACUUAUUAAAGACCUCUUCCUCCUCUCCUCCUCUCCUCCUCCCCUCCUCCUCCCCCAGUACCUCCAGGAGGCUCUGAGUAAGAACAACACAGUAAUCCAGUUCCUGACGCCGGCCGUCAACAGGUCCUCUGAAACCCAGGUGUUCAGCACCUUCAUCCAGCUGGACAACUGGUGGAGGGAGCUCAAGCCCUUCGACUACCACCCUGACCCCGCCUUCGACCCCCUCACCAAGAAGAUCAUCACCGAGACCUCCAUCAUCGUCGUCACUGUCAGUAUUAGAGGCUGAUAGGGUCCAUACAUUUACUAUGUUAUGGAUAGGGCCAGGAGUAUUCCUGACCGAGUUAUAGGCUACAACUAGGGCCUUGAGUUUUUUCUGGUUCCUCCUGACUCAUAGUUAUGUUGUUACCUACAGUACGUCCAAUAAUUCCUUACCAUGUUCCAUCUCCAGGGCCGAGGCUUCGAAAAAGCCAUGACAGCCAAAGAGGCCCAGGCGUUUGUGGGGGACGUUCCGUGCUAUGUCAACGCCCUCCAGGAUGACAAGCUGUUCCUGGACCCCCCGUCCAGCCAGCCCCAGGCCCGCUCCAAACGCCACCGCAGACGCAGAGACACCAGCUCCGACCCAUUGGACCUGCUGGUGAGAAUACACACAACACACACUCACACACACUGGACCACACAGAUACAUGGAUCUGUCUUUGCUAUCUUUUAACUUAUCUGCAGUUUCCUAAAGAUGGGUAAUUGAAUUCUGCUUGCCAAAAUAGAUCCAGAGUAACUUGGUGUCUGUCAGGGCAACUUAAUGUUAACAGUUACCAAUAUUGGUUUGAAGGCAUUCUCCUAUCUACAGUGUUGGUAAUAUUAACGCUUCUGCUACCACCUGUGUGUGUGUUCCAGAUUAAGUUUGGGAAUGGAGAGUGGGUGGUGGGCUCUGUGCACUACGAGAGCAAUAAUGAGGUUCCUCUCUUCAUCAUCAUCCCUGCUGUCAUCAUCCCCAUGCUGCUCAUCAUCCUCGUCUCCGUCUACUGCUACAGGUAGGCUAGAGAACCAGAAUACAGGACAGUUACACCAUAACACCUUUAGGCUAGAUAAUCAGAAUACAGGACAGUUACACCAUACCACCUUUAGGUUAGAGAACCAGAAUACAGUACAGUUACACCAUACCACCUUUAGGCUAGAGAACCAGAAUACAGGACAGUUACACCAUACCACCUUUAGGCUAGAGAACCACAAUACAGGACAGUUACACCAUACCACCUUUAGGCUAGAGAACCAGAAUACAGGACAGUUACACCAUACCACCUUUAGGCUAGAGAACCAGAAUACAGGACAGUUACACCAUACCACCUUUAGGCUAGAGAACCAGAAUACAGGACAGUUACACCAUACCACCUUUAGGCUAGAGAACCAGAAUACAGGACAGUUACACAAUACCACCUUUAGGCUAGAGAACCAGAAUACAGGACAGUUACACCAUACCACCUUUAGGCUAGAGAACCAGAAUACAGGACAGUUACACAAUACCACCUUUAGGCUAGAGAACCAGAAUACAGGACAGUUACACCAUACCACCUUUAGGCUAGAGAACCAGAAUACAGGACAGUUACACCAUACCACCUUUAGGCUAGAGAACCAGAAUACAGGACAGUUACACCAUACCACCUUUAGGCUAGAGAAGCAGAAUACAGGACAGUUACACCAUACCACCUUUAGGCUAGAGAACCAGAAUACAGGACUGUUACACCAAACCACCUUUAGGCUAGAUAACCAGAAUACAGGACAGUUACACCAUACCACCUGUAGGCUAGAGAACCAGAAUACAGGACAGUUACACCAUACCACCUUUAGGCUAGAGAACCAGAAUACAGGAUCGUUACACCAUACCACCUUUAGGCUAGAGAAGCAGAAUACAGGACAGUUACACCGUACCACCUUUAGGCUAGAGAACCAGAAUACAGGACAGUUACACAAUACCACCUUUAGGCUAGAGAACCAGAAUACAGGACAGUUACACCAUACCACCUUUAGGCUAGAGAACCAGAAUACAGGACAGUUACACAAUACCACCUUUAGGCUAGAGAACCAGAAUACAGGACAGUUACACCAUACCACCUUUAGGCUAGAGAACCAGAAUACAGGACAGUUACACCAUACCACCUUUAGGCUAGAGAACCAGAAUACAGGACAGUUACACCAUACCACCUUUAGGCUAGAGAAGCAGAAUACAGGACAGUUACACCAUACCACCUUUAGGCUAGAGAACCAGAAUACAGGACUGUUACACCAAACCACCUUUAGGCUAGAUAACCAGAAUACAGGACAGUUACACCAUACCACCUGUAGGCUAGAGAACCAGAAUACAGGACAGUUACACCAUACCACCUUUAGGCUAGAGAACCAGAAUACAGGAUCGUUACACCAUACCACCUUUAGGCUAGAGAAGCAGAAUACAGGACAGUUACACCGUACCACCUUUAGGCUAGAGAAGCAGAAUACAGGACAGUUACACCGUACCACCUUUAGGCUAGAUAGCCAGAAUACAGGACAGUUACACCAUACCACCCUUAGGCUAGAUAGCCAGAAUACAGGACAGUUACACCAUAACACCUUUAUGCUAGAUACCCAGAAUACAGGACAGUUACACCAUACCACCUUUAGGCUAGAUAACCAGAAUACAGGACACUUACACCAUACCACCUUUAGGCUAGAUAACCAGAAUACAGGACAGUUACACCAUACCACCUUUCUCCAUGACCAACAUACAGGACAGUUACACCAUACCACCUUUCUCCAUGGAUGUGUGGGUGACAACUUCAUUUGGUGUCAAGGAAUCCAAGCCAGCCUAAUGGUGCACAAUACACAAAAAUGUACAAUGUUACAUGAGUUAGUGUUUACGUUGGUGUCGGCUUUUGUCUCUGCUCAUUGCUCUGCCCAUGUUAAUGAUUGUGUUGUGUGCACAGGAGGAAGAGCCAGCAGGCUGAAAGAGAGUAUGAGAAGGUGAAACACCAGCUGGAGAAUCUAGAGGAGAGUGUACGAGACCGCUGCAAGAAAGAGUUCACAGGUACUACAUUAUAACCACAGCUGUCAAGCAUAACUGUCUAAGGCCACCAAGGGUCUUCAUUACACUUCAUUAUACCUCAUAUUAAGUACUUAAUCUACACAUCCAUACAUCUAUGUAUCUUCAUCGUGACGUGAUAUAAAAAUAACUCAUAUUGUAGUUUAUGUUUGUGUUGCUUUAAAGUCUCAGGAUGAGAACAUGUGCCAGGUACUCAGAUGUUUGUCCUUUCCCCUUUCCAGACCUGAUGAUAGAGAUGGAGGACCAUACCAAUGAACUGAGCGAGGGGCGAAUCCCCUUCCUGGACUAUAAGACCUACACAGACCGCGUCUUCUUUCUGCCCUCCAAGGACGGGGCCAACGACGUGAUGAUCACGGGCAAGCUGGACAUCCCAGAGGCACGGAAGGCAAUCGUGGCUCAGGCCCUCAACCAGUUCUCUAACCUGCUCAACUCCAAGACCUUCCUCAUCAAUGUAAGGCCCCUUCAGACCACUUAACUGUGUUUGUAAUGGUGCAUCUAUGGCUGGCUCUUUUGUCUCCUUUCCUUAAUCUGCACUGAUCUAUAACCGAGAAAAGGUGAAAGCUGUGUUGGAUGCCUGUUGGAUAUGUUUGAUGCCUGUACCAGUCCAAUUCGUUCAUAUUAGGGCAGAUGAAGUAAAGGAGACAUGGAGAGAUGGCUAUUUCAGAUUGAGAUCUCCCUUCCAUUGUUUGCAGUUGAAGAUUUAGCCACAGUUUAUGUGUAGCUCAGUUGGUAGAGCAUGGGUUGUGGGUUCGAUUCCCUCCGGGGACUAGUAUGAAAAUGUAUGCACUCAUUACUGUAAGUCGCUCUGGAUAAGAACAUCUGCUAAAUGACUAAAAAUGUAACUGGAUCUUCUAUUAAACUCCAUUGUGUGUAGUUUAUCAAGACCUUGGAAGGACGUCCAGACUUCAACGCCCGGGCCAAGGUGUACUUUGCAUCCCUGCUGACGGUGGCUCUGCAUGGGAAGCUGGAGUACUACACAGACAUCAUGAGGACCCUGCUGCUGGAGCUCAUGGGGAACUACGUCGACAGCAAGAACCCCAAACUCAUGCUGCGCAGGUCAGGACCACCAACUGCUGUUACUUACAGUAGCUACCAUUCCUCAAACUAGUUCUGGUAGCUCUACCUAUCAUAGAUUUAGUUCUGGUAGCUCUACCUAUCGUAUAUUUAGUUCUGGUAGCUCUACCUAUCUUAGAUUUAGUUCUGGUAGCUCUACCUAGCGUAGAUUUAGUUCUGGUAGCUCUACCUAUCUUAGAUUUAGUUCUGGUAGCUCUACCUAUCGUAGAUUUAGUUCUGGUAGCUCUACCUAUCGUAGAUUUAGUUCUGGUAGCUCUACCUAUCAUAGAUUUAGUUCUGGUAGCUCUACCUAUCGUAGAUCAAAUCAAAUACAACAGGUGUAGAACUUACCGUGAAAUGCUUACUUACAAGCCCUUAACCAACAAGGCAGUUUUAAGAAAAAUAUAGAAAAUAUUUACUAAAUAAACUAAAGUAAAAAAGUUACGAGGCUAUAUACAGGGGGUACCGGUACCGAGUCAAUGUGUAGGGGUACAUGUUAGUCGAGGUAAUUUGUACAGUACCAGUCAAAAGUUUGGACACACCUACUCAUUCAAGGGUUUUUCUUUAUUUUUACUGUUUUCUACAUUGUAGAAUAAUAGUGAAGACAUCUGUGAUGAGUACUGAGUAAACGAAGAGGCAGGAUGCAGACGCAGGAAUUAACAAGGUCAAGGUUUACUUAAUCAUGAGAAAGAGAAUAACAAAGAGAGAGUAAACGACACGACGCUUAACAAUCACACACACACAACACAAUACAGAACAGUCCAGGGCUAAAUAGGGGUGGUGAUGAGGUGCAGGUGCGCUGGAGGUGAUUAGGGUGCGUUGGGUUUCCAUUCCGGUGUUGCCGAGGUGGUGUGCUCAGACCGGUGGCUCAGUAGACCGGCGAAUCAGAGUGCCGGAGGGGAGCAACAGGAGGAGACGUGACAGUACCCCCGGACACGCAGCUCCAGCCGCAGGACGUUGCCGGCCAGGAGGACGACCCCGAGGACGAGGAGCGGGCCGGUCAGGGCGGCGACGGUGGAAGUCCCGAAUUAGGUUGGGAUCCAGAACGUCCCCAGCCGGAACCCAGCUCCUCUCCUCAGGACCAUACCCCUCCCAGUCCACCAGGUAAUGGAGCCGUUCUCAACAGAACCUGGAGUCCAGCAGGUCCCUCGCUGCAUACGCCGGACUCCCAUCAAUGUCCAGGGGCGGAGGGGGCAUACCCCGGGGGAUGGCAUCCGCCAGAGGACCAGGAACCACCUGCCUGAGAAGAGACACAUGAAAGUGGGUGAGACACGGUAGUGAGGGGGAAGGAACAGCCGGUAUGAUACCUCAUUUAUCCUCCGGAGGACCUUAAACGGCCCCACAAACCGGGGGCUCAGUUUCUUGCAGGGCAGGCGGAGAGGGGGGGGGUUUGUGGACAGCCAGACAUGAUCACCAGGCUGGAAUACAAGGGCCUCACUGCGGUGGCGGUCGGCUUGGUCCUUCUGCCGACGAAUGGCCCUCUGGAGAUGGACAUGGGCGGCGUCCCAGACCUUCCCGGCCCUGUGGAACCAGUCGUUGACAGUGGGCGCAUCGAUCUGGCUGGGUGUCCAAGGGGCCAGGGCCGGCUGGUACCCCAGGACGCACUGGAAGGGAAUGAGCCCCGUGGAGGAGUGAACGAGGGAGUUCUGGACAUAUUCUGCCCAGGGAAGAAACCUCGCCCACUCACCCUGCCAGUCCUGACAGUGGCAACGAAGAAACCUCCCCAGCUCCUGGUUCAUGCGCUCCACCUGCCCAUUCAACUGAGGCCUAUACCCGGUCCGAGACGAUGUCCUCCGGAAGUCCAUAAUGUCGAAAGACCUGUUGGAACAGGACCUCAGCGACCUGGAGAGCAGAAGGAAGACCAGUUAGUGGCAAAAAACGGCAUGAUUUGGAGAACAGAUAUACUACCACCAUGACUGUGGUGAAGCUGUCAGAACGUGGAAGGUCGGUGACAAAGUCUAUGGACAGGUGUGACCAAGGUCACUGAGGCACUGGGAUCAGCAGGCGGUCACGGACACUGUUGCGUACAUACACACGCCCCGGAGGGGCGUUGGCAGGCGCUGUGUCCUCCUGAGCCGCCAGGCGGAUGUCUUCGUCCACAUCCCAAACGACAGGUGCAACGAUGAGAGACGAGGGCAGGAUAGGACCCCCCAGAUCCUUCCUUUCUCCGGUAUGGUGCAUCCUGGAGAGCGCGUCGGCUUUCACAUUCUGGGAUCCUGGGCGGUAGGACAGAAUGAAUUGAAAGCGAGUAAGAAAUUGGGCCCAUCUGGCUUGACGCGAGUUCAUCCGUUUCACUGGCCGGUGGUCAGUAAGAAUCCGGAAUGGAUGGACUGCGCUCUCCAGCCAGUGUCUCCAUUCCUCCAGAGCGAGGACCACUGGCAACAGCUCCCUGUCUCCAACUCCAUAGUUCCUCUCUGCGGGUUAAGCUUUUUAGAGAAAAAGGCACAGGGAUACCUUUUCUCUGGCUUACUGUGCCGCUGGGAGAGGACCGCACCCACGCCCUCCUCCGAUGCGUCUACCUCCAGAAUGAAAGGACGAGAUGGAUCUGGGUGUUUUAGGAUGGGCGCUGUGGUGAACCUCUCCUUCAGCCUCUUGAAGGCAGCUUCAGCCUCAGGGUUCCAGGCCAGUUUCUGAGGCCCACCCUUAAGGAGAGAGGUGAGCGGAGCGGCUAUGGAGCUGAUGGACCUGAUGAAACGCCGGUAGAAAUUGGCGAAGCCCAGGAAGCUCUGUAGGCCCUUGAUGGUGGUGGGAACUGGCCAUGACCUGACGGCAUCUUUACUCCUUCCAUGAACAACCCCUGAGGACUGAUCCUGUAUCCCAGGAAGGAGAUGGCCUGUUGGUGGAAUUCGCAUUUCUCCCUCUUCACCAACAGGCUGUGUUCCCGGAGGCGGAGUAGGACAGCUCGGACGUCCCAGGGCCUGUGAGGAGGGAGACACGUAGCCUUUGAUGAAGAGAAGACAUCGGAGAGAUCUGCGUACUCACGUGGAAUGUUGGGCUGGAGGGCGGACUCCGGACUCGCCACUGACGUGGAACAACAAACCACCGGCAGGCAGGUCUUCCGGCAUGAGGUGGACCAGGCUGUGAUCCAAUUGAUGGUGGGGUUGUGUAGUCUGAGCCAGGGCAAUCCCAAGACGAUCCGGUGAAGGGGUGACGUGACAAUGUGGAAUGACAGCUCCUCGUGGUGCUCCGGUAGUGUGGGAAUGGUGAUGGUGAUGGGGAGAGUGACGUGCGUAAUGGUGCCUGGUCCAAGGGGUUUAUUGUCCAGUGAGGUGACGUGUAGCGGAGAUGGCAGUGGCAAUGUGGGCAACCCCCAUUCAGAGACCAGCUCCCUAUCUAUAAGGUUCCCCGCUGAUCCGGAAAUAUAUCAUUGCAGUAGAAAUGGAAGAGAAGGAAUAACCGGUCACCGUUAUGGGAACUAAAAACAAUGGUUUUGUGAUAGGAGAUGACGUAACACUCACGGAGCAGCGACAGGAGUCAUAACGCCUAGAUAGGGAGCCGCCAGGAGAUCUAUGGUCCGUGGUGGUGUAGGGGGUGCUGCCCACCUCCAUGGGUGAGGACUCAGAAGCAGGGCGGCUUCCAUAGCUCAGAUGGGGUGAGUGUCGAGGCUCCGGGAGGUGUUGGAAACGCUGUCUCUCUCUCAACAUGUCGUCAAGACGGAUGGACGUGGUGAUGAGGAUAUCAAGGUCCAUCUCGUCGUCCUGACAUGCGAGUUUCGUCUUAAUGUCCUUCCGUAAGCCUCUCCUGAAGGCUGUGUGCAGAGCACGCUCAUUCCAGCCGGAAGACGCCGCCACCGUGCGAAAGCUCAGAGCGUACUCGGACGCGGACUCCUCUCUCUGUUGUAGAUGGAGGAGACGCUCACCUCCGUCCUUUCCCUCCGUGGGAUGAUCAAACACCGCCCUGAACCGAGUGAGGAGGGUGGGGUAAAACACCCAGAUCCAUCUCAUCAAGGCAAAGGGUGGCUACUUUGAAGAAUCUCAAAUAUAAAAUAUAUUUUUAUUUGUUUAACACUUUUUUGGUUACUACAUGAUUCCAUAUGUGUUAUGUCAUAGUUUUGAUGUCUUCACUAUUAUUCUACAAUGUAGAAAAUAGUAAAAAUAAAGAAAAACCCUUGAAUGAGUAGGUGUGUCCAAACUUUUGACUGGUACUGUACAUGUACAUAGGGGUAAAGUGACUAUGCAUAGAUUAUAAACAGCGAGUAGAGAAGGAAUAACCGGUCACCGUUAUGGGAACUAAAAACAAUGGUUUUGUGAUAGGAGAUGACGUAACACUCACGGAGCAGCGACAGGAGUCAUAACGCCUAGAUAGGGAGCCGCCAGGAGAUCUAUGGUCCGUGGUGGUGUAGGGGGUGCUGCCCACCUCCAUGGGUGAGGACUCAGAAGCAGGGCGGCUUCCAUAGCUCAGAUGGGGUGAGUGUCGAGGCUCCGGGAGGUGUUGGAAACGCUGUCUCUCUCUCAACAUGUCGUCAAGACGGAUGGACGUGGUGAUGAGGAUAUCAAGGUCCAUCUCGUCGUCCUGACAUGCGAGUUUCGUCUUAAUGUCCUUCCGUAAGCCUCUCCUGAAGGCUGUGUGCAGAGCACGCUCAUUCCAGCCGGAAGACGCCGCCACCGUGCGAAAGCUCAGAGCGUACUCGGACGCGGACUCCUCUCUCUGUUGUAGAUGGAGGAGACGCUCACCUCCGUCCUUUCCCUCCGUGGGAUGAUCAAACACCGCCCUGAACCGAGUGAGGAGGGUGGGGUAAAACACCCAGAUCCAUCUCAUCAAGGCAAAGGGUGGCUACUUUGAAGAAUCUCAAAUAUAAAAUAUAUUUUUAUUUGUUUAACACUUUUUUGGUUACUACAUGAUUCCAUAUGUGUUAUGUCAUAGUUUUGAUGUCUUCACUAUUAUUCUACAAUGUAGAAAAUAGUAAAAAUAAAGAAAAACCCUUGAAUGAGUAGGUGUGUCCAAACUUUUGACUGGUACUGUACAUGUACAUAGGGGUAAAGUGACUAUGCAUAGAUUAUAAACAGCGAGUAGCAGCAGUGUAAAAGAAAAGGGGGGGGGGGGUCAAUGCAAAUAGUCCGGCUAGCCAUAUGAUUCAUUGUUCAGCAGUCUUAUGGCUUGGGGGUAGAAGCUGUUAAGGUGCCUUUUGGACCUAGACUUAGUGCUCCGGUACCGCUUGCCGUGCGGUAGCAAAGAGAACAGUCUAUGACGGAUGACUGGAGUCUUAGAAAUUUUUGGGGGCCUUCUGACACCACCUAGUAUAGAGGUCCUGGAUGGCAGGAAACUUGGCCCCAGUGAUGUACUGGGCCGUACGCACUACCCUCUGUAGCGCCUUACGGUCAGAUGCCGAGCAGUUGCCAUACCAGGCGGUGAUGCAAUUGGUUAGGAUGCUCUCGAUGGUGCAGCUGUAGAACUUUUUGAGGAUCUGAGGACCCAUGCCAAAUCUUUUCAGUCUCCUGAGGGGUAAUAGACGUUGUCGUGCCCUUUUCACAACUGUGUUGGUGUGUUUGGACCAUGAUAGUUUGUUGGUAAUGUGGACACCAAGGAACUUGAGCCUCUUGAUCCGCUCCACUACAGCCCUGUUGAUGUGAAUGGGGGCGUGUUCGGCAUUCCUUUUCCUGUAGUCCACGAUCAGCUGCUUUGUCUUGCUCACGUUGAGGGAGAGGUUUUUGUCCUGGCACCACACUGCCAGGUCUCUGACCACCUCCCUAUAGGCUGUCUCAUCAUUGUCGGUGAUCAGGCCUACCACUGUUGGGUCGUCAGCAAACUUAAUGAUGGAGUUGGAGUCGUGCUUGGCCACACAGUCGUGGGUGAACAGGGAGUACAGGAGGAGACUGAGCACGCACCCCUGAGGGGCCCCCGUGUUGAGGAUCAGCGUGGCAGAUGUGUUGUUGCCUACCCUUAUCACCUGGGGGCGGCCCAUUAGGAAGUCCAGGAUCCAGUUGAAGAGGAAGGUGUUUAGUCCCAGGGUCCUUCGCUUAGUGAUGAGCUUUGUGGGCACUAUGGUGUUGAACGCUGAGCUGUAGUCAAUGAAUAGCAUUCUCACAUAGGUGUUCCUUUUGUCCAGGUGGGAAAGGGCAGUGUGGAGUGCAAUUGAGUUUGCGUCAUCUGUGGAUCUGUUGGGAUGGUAUGCGAAUUGGAGUGGGUCUAGGUUUUCCGGGAUGCUGGUGUUGAUGUGAGCCAUGACCAGCCUUUCAAAGCACUUCAUGGCUACCGACGUGAGUGCUACAGGGCGGUAGUCAUUUAGGCAGGUUACCUUGGCGUUCUUGGGCACAGGGACUAUGGUGGUCUGCUUGAAACAUGUAGGUAUUACAGACUUGGUCAGGGAGAGGUUGAAAAUGUCAGUGAAGACACUUACCAGUUGGUCCGCAGAUGCUCUGUGUACACACCCUGGUAAUCCGUCUGGUCCCUCGGCCUUGUGAAUAUUGACCUGUUUUAAGGUCUUGCUCAAAUCGGCUACGGAGAGCGUGAUCACAUAGUCGUCCGGAACAGCUGGUGCUCUCAUGCAUGCUUCUGUGUUGCUUGCCUCGAAGCGAGCAUAAAAGGCAUUUAGCCCAUCUGGUAGGCUCGCGUCACUGGGCAGCUCGUGGCUGGGUUUCCCUUUGUAGUCCGUAAUAGUUUGCAAGCCCUGCCACAUCCGACGACCGUUAGAGCUGGUGUAGUAGGAUUCAAUGUUAGUCCAGUAUUGACGCUUUGCCUGUUUGAUGGUUCGUCUGAGGGCAUAACAGGAUUUCUUAUAAGCGUCCGGAUUAGUGUCUCGCUCCUUGAAAGCGGCAGCUCUAGUCUUUAGCUCGGUGCGGAUGUUGCCUGUAAUCCAUUACUCUAUCUAACCCGUGUCUUUUCAAUGUCUCCCACUCUUAAAGUGACUCUGGUAUUGUAGGCUAUCUUCAGUCCACAGUAGAGACAGGUUCCUGAACAAAGCUCAGUUGUCUAUUCUAACAGAACCAGUGGUUGUGUAAUGUGAACUGUCAACUGUGCUCAGCAGUGUUCGACUGGCCGUUCUACUGUAAAAUGUGUUUAAUUAUCCCCAAUGGAGGGGCUCAUUAUGCUGAUUAGUCCAUUGUGCUAACAUCCAUACACACAUGACUGUUAAUUGGAUGUGCUAAUGCCUAACAAUGGGCCCUGUGAAUGGAGAGGAGUAUUACAGAAGUUCAUGCUUAAGGUUCCUUUGUAUUAGUAUUGUGAGAUGUGUCAGUCACUCCUUUGUUUUGUCCUCUGUAGGUCAGAGACAGUUGUAGAGAGGAUGCUGUGUAACUGGAUGUCCAUCUGUCUUUACCAGUUCCUCAAGGUGAUAAUAUUACACUCUUUGAUUCAAUAUGUUUUUGAUAUGUCACAUACAUUGUUAAAGCCUAUUUGAAAGGACGUUUGGCACAUUUUUCAAAAUGUGCCAAUUGUCCUUUCAAAUAUGCUUAACAAUGUGAAAACGUGUUUUUGGAACACUUCACGUGAUCAUGUUUUCAAGUGUAGUUGCAUGUUAUCACAUGUUGCUUUACAUGUUGUCAUGUUAUCACAUUAACUUUACAUGUGUUUUUGGAACAUUUCAUGUUGUCUUUUCGUAAGGGUGUGUAUGUGCGUGCAUGUGUUCAAAGACCCUACCUGAGUUACGAGAAGCAAUAUUUUGUUGACUUUUCAUAGCCUAUAUAUUUGAACUACAGCAUGGCCAUGGUUAAAGUAGAGUGCCAGAGUGUUCUGACUGUACUGUGUCUAUGUGUGUGGUCGUCAGGACUCAGCAGGGGAACCUCUGUACAAACUGUUCAGGGCCAUCAAGCAUCAGACAGAGAAGGGUCCAGUUGAUGCCAGAGUGAAGAAGGCCAAGUACACCCUGAACGACACGGGCCUGCUUGGAGACGACGUGGAGUACUGCGUCCUGGUGAGUGACAUCAACCCGUUACCACGGUUACCCCAGCACACAAGCUCGCUGGCAUCUCGCUGCCCUGACAACUGCUGCUACUGUGCUAUUGAGUUCUUCUGAGUCUGUUCAGACUUUUCACUGACUGCCCUGAUCUCAAUUAUAUGUGUCGCUUCCAUUAACCCUUUUUAUCUUUUUAUACUGCGCCUACACUAGCAAUUCAAUACCUUUUUAUAAUUUUAUAGUGUUCCUACCUACACUGACGCAAUUCAAGUUCUGACUCACUGUAUAUGUAUAGUCUACCUUAGUCAGAAGUGUUUAACUGUAUCGUUUUUCUAAUGCCAGAUAAUUAAAUCUCAGCUGUUUUCCUUUAAGUCUCUCUAUAUAAAGAAACCCUGUGGUAAUUCAUUUUCCAAGGACAAUAUCAAAUGAUACACAUUUACAGUUGCGAUAGCUCACAUCCUGUGGUUAUUUUAAAGAAGAAUGACAAAACAAAAUUACACAGUCUUCAAUUACAAAUAAAUCCUUUGUAUAAUGUAUCGUCUCCCUAUCGAGUGGUCAGUUGUUUUGAUUCAGUCUGAAUUGAUUGAUCUGUGUCACCUGGUCAGAGUGAGGGGAGUGAGUCCCCUGCUGCUGGUUGCUCAAUAGUCAGCCCAGGAUGAGGUGACAGCGCCUGUCAGGUGUCAAAGAGUACCACCUGCCUACAGUAGUUGCCACUGUAACGCUGCCUCAGCGGGCUCACCUCACGGUGUUGGCUCUGUUCCUCCUCUCAGACUCUGCAGGUGCUGGUGCACGGGGAGGGGCCGGACGUGACGCCCGUCAAGGUGUUGAACUGUGACACGGUGUCUCAGGUGAAGGAGAAGAUCAUUGAGGCGGUGUACAGGAACCUGCCCUACUCACAGAGACCCAAAGUGGACAGCGUCACUCUGGGUGAGUGGAGAACACACACUUACACACACAAAGUCAGUAUUCCAAACCAUGUGUUGUGAAGAUACUGCAUUUGAACACAUGAACAUCAGAAAGCCUAAAACAAUUGGCACCAUUUACUAGUAAAUUAAGUGAUGGUGUGUGUGAAUUUGAAUGUUAGUCAUGUUGGCUGGUGGUCUGAGCUGCUGUUAUUGCCCCUGCCACAGAGUGGCGUCCUGGUUCCACAGGGCAGAUCCUGUCAGACCUGGACCUGACGUCCCAGAAAGAGGGCAGGUGGAGGCGCAUCAACACCCUGGCCCACUACAAUGUGAGUGAUGUUCCUCCACAGACUGAUCCAUUAGAUGUCACAGAGAGAAGCCCUAAUUCUGCUCUUUACAAAUUCAAUCAAUUUUUUUUUUGAUCAAGGUUUUUUUAUUGAGCAUUUUAAAGAUUAUACAGACAAACAGGUAGAGGGCUGAUCCCAUACCGCAUCAACCCCACCCCAACCACCCUGCUCCAACAGAGCCCCACCCCAAUACCACACUUUAAUUUACGGGAUCAAUAAUGAAAGAAUGCCACAGACAAUGCCGAAUAAAGGCCCCCCCCCAAAAUAGAUGGCAUGGAUUCUGAAUUAGGUCAUGAGACCCAUUGCCAAUCAGAUGACCUGUGUGUGUGUGUGUGGGUGUUUGUGUGGGUUUCAGGUGCGAGACAAUGCUACUCUAGUCCUGUCCAUGGUUCUUCACACUCAACAGAACUACGACCAGAACCAGGAUAACCAAGAGGAGAGUAAGUCUUCACCAUGGAAACGACAAUAAGACAUUAUGAGGGGCCAUACAUGCUUAUGACAAGUCUCACAAUGCAUUAUAACCACAUCAUAAUGCAUUAUACCUGCAGGCUUUAAGAAAUGUGUUACUGAAAAUACUUAAAAAAUUGGAUGUAUAAUUUGUCUCCUCUCUCCACUAGGAAACGCCCUGUUGGAGGAUGACAAGGUGUUCCAUCUGGUUCGACCUGAUGAGCUGGAUGAGAUGAAGUCCAAGAGGGGCAUGAAGGACAAGUCCAUGACCAAAGCCAUCACUGAGAUCUAUCUCACACGACUGCUCUCUGUCAAGGUGGGCCUGCCAUGUUGUAGUAUAGUAAGGGCUCAGACACACUAAUAACGUUUGCUGGCCGAGAGUACUUAGCACCUUUGAACAAAGUGCUGGCCGAGAGUACUUAGCACCUUUGAACAAAGUGCUGGCCGAGAGUACUUAGCACCUUUGAAAAACGUGCUGGCCGUAAUUUGCCAACCAAUUUGCCAAAAUGUUGGCAGUCCCUGAAACACAGUGCGCUGAACGAUUGGCAGACAAACGUUAGAUCCACAUUCGAUGCGAUAUGUGCGAGCCUUUACAUUUCAUUCAGUAAAGAAAUGAAUCUUUGAGAUUCAUUCCAUAAGAAAAGCUAUUUGAGGAUGGCUAUGUGAUAAUAUGUGAUAGAUUCAGUCUUCGAACAUCAACCUCACUUCAUAGACCCAGUGUGUUUAUGUCUGGGUCACAGGUCUGAGAUACUUGGCAUCUCUCUACCCUGCCUCACACUGUGUGUCUGUUGGUGCGUCUGUUAUUCCAGGGAACGCUGCAACAGUUUGUGGAUGACUUCUUCCGCAGCGUUUUGUGUUCCGGGAAGGUGGUGCCGCCCGCCAUCAAGUACUUCUUUGACUUCCUGGACGAGCAGGCGCUCAAACAUGACAACGUGGAUGAGGAGACCAUACACAUCUGGAAGACCAACAGGUACACACACAACCACACACACUUCUUCAUAUGCAAGCACACACGCACACGCAAGUACAUACACACACACACAAACCCACUUCCUGAGAUGACUCUCUAAGAAACACACUGACUAAGUAAUCAGUGUACGGAAUGCAAAUAUACAAGUACUUCUAUCUCCUCUGCAUUCUCAAUCUGAGUGCUCCCUUGGCAUUUAAGUACAUAAAUUAACUUAAAUCUGGUUAAAGCUCAAGUAUUCAACACAGCGUGUUGCAUAUAGAUGUCAGUGAUUGACGUGGCGAUGUGAGAGUGAGAGGAUGGGAGAUGAGCCAUUUAAUUAUGCUAUACCAUAGUCAGUCGGCAUGGGCUUGUUUUGUUUAUCAAACCAACCGAGGCCUCUUGGAUUAAAUAUGAAUGUGUGUAUCAGCCAUAACGACAAACAAACAUGGUAAUUAUGUCCCCAGCUAAUUUAAUUGUACCCUUAUAUCACAUUGUUGUUUUUUUUGCCGUUGUUUUCUCAAUCUCCCGGGAGGUGUUGCAAGCCAAUAUGAAUUAAUAUGUUAGUCUGUCUCAAUCGGCCCAGCUUUUAAACUAAUCAGAGAGAAGUACUCCGAACCUAUUUUAGGCUUGUUUGAUAUUCAGGACCAACCUCUUAUUGGAGGAUUUGUAUGGACUUAUUCGUUUACUUAUGUUUUGAAGCUACCGAGUAUUCGAAAGUGGAAAGUUUUGCCAUUAGUUUGGCAUGCCUGAUGCAUGUGUUCCACUGAAUGGUGAAAAUAUGAAAGUUAACAGUCAGGAGUUGUCAACCUGACAUGUACCACUAAUAGAAGUACUACUAGUGCUGUACAUGCAGCACUAGUAGUACCUUGGUGAUACUAAACAUGACAUUCAAUCACAAAUUAAUGAAUUAAUUGGUAUGACUGAGAUCAUACUGUAGUAGAUCGUUGAUAGUAAUUAUUCUCUCCUCCACCAGCUUGCCUCUGAGGUUCUGGGUGAACAUCCUGAAGAACCCUCACUUCACCUUCGACGUCCACGUGACAGAGGUGGUGGACGCCUCGCUGUCCGUUAUCGCUCAGACCUUCAUGGACGCCUGCACCAAGACAGAGCACAAACUCAGCCGGGUGAGUCCAGGAGGAGGAGGAGGAGGAGAUGGAGGAGGAGGAGAUGGAGGGAGGGGGAGGAGAAGGAGGAGGGAGAAGGAGGAGGAGAUGGAGGAGGAGGGAGGAGGAGAGGGAGGGGGAGGGAGGAGGAGGGGGAGGGAGGAGGAGGAGGGAGACGGAGGAGGAGAUGUAGGGGGAGGGAGAAGGAGGAGGAGGAGGUGGAGGAGGAUGAGGAGGAGGAGGGGGGAGACGGAGGAGGAGGAGGGAGGAGGAGGAGGAGGAGGAGGGAGAAGGAUGAGGAGGAGAGGGAGUUGGAGAGGGGGAGGAGGAGGCAGGUGAUGAGGAGGUCAAAAUCUAUUGAGAGUUGUUUACCUCUGUGAGGUAAGAGAUAAGAGAACCAUAUUAUGAUUAUCAUAUUGUUUAUUCUCUCCUAUCUCUACCAGGACUCUCCAAGUAACAAACUACUCUAUGCAAAGGAGAUCUCCACCUACAAGAAGAUGGUCGAUGAGUAC